GACAAACCCGGAAUAUGCGAGUACCAUCCGCCUCAUCCAUGUCUUCUUGCCACGGCAUUGGGGUGUACAGCCCGGUAUACGCUUCCUUCAGUAUAUGAAGGGCGUGGCUGCACCUGAAGACCACUUCAAGUACUUCCAUAGCCUUCCAAAUGACCUUGGGCCCCCGGACCUUGGGCUAUACUCAGGACAGUGAUGAAUAGCACCCUCCCUGUCCCCCUCCGCAGCGUCCAUCGAUCCAGUAUCAGGUCAAAUGACAGAUCGAUGUCGUCAGGGGGAGCGCGCUAUAUCUGCUCAACAUCAUCCUACGCAAGCUCAGCGGCAGCGAGCAGUUCCCCAGACCACCCUAGGAUAACCCACUACCAUGCCCCUCUCCCGCCACAUCCAGCCUGAGGACGUCCUCGCCGCCUCGCGCGACCACCCCCACCGCAAGCACACCGAUCGCCAUGAGCGGCACGUCCUCGAGCAGUCCUGGACGCGCGACGAAGACGCGGCCUCCGCGCCCAAAUACACCUUCCCCACGCGCGGCAUCCCCUCCAAGGCCGCGUACCAGCUCCUCCACGACGAGGCCGCGCUCGACGGCAACCCGACCCUGAACCUCGCGUCCUUCGUGCACACCUGGAUGCCCGACGACGGCGUGCGGCUGUUCAACGAGGCGAUCGACAAGAACCUCGCGGACCAGGACGAGUACCCGGCGGCGCAGAUCAUCCACAACCGCUGCGUGUCGAUGCUCGCGCACCUGUGGAAGGCGCCGACCGCGGACACGACGGCGGUCGGGACGGCGACGGCGGGCUCGUCGGAGGCGAUCAUGCUCGCGGGCCUCGCGCUGAAGAAGCGCUGGCAGGAUGCGAGGAAGCGGGCCGGGAAGGACCACUACCAUCCGAACAUCGUUUUUGGCGCGAACGCGCAGGUUGCGCUGGAGAAGUUCGCAAGAUACUGGGACGUCGAAGCGCGCAUGGUGCCCGUCAACCGCGAGACGUCCUACGUCCUGAAGCCGGAAGACGCCAUCCAAUACAUCGACGAGAACACCAUCGGCGUCAUGGUCAUCCUCGGGUCGACCUACAACGGCGCCUUCGAGGAUGUUGGGCGCAUGAGCGGCCUUCUCGACGACCUCCAGGAGCGCACAGGCCUCGACAUCCCCAUCCACGUCGACGCCGCCAGCGGAGGCUUCAUCGCGCCCUUCGCGUACCCCGAAUACAAGUGGGCAUUCGACGUCUCGCGCGUAGUCAGCAUCAACUCCUCCGGCCACAAAUUCGGCCUCGUAUACCCCGGCCUCGGCUGGCUCAUUUUCCGCGACGAGAGCUGCCUGCACAAGGACCUCGUCUUCGAGCUGCACUACCUCGGCUCCGUCGAAUACUCCUACACGCUCAACUUCUCCAAGCCCGCCGCGCCCGUGUUCGCCCAGAUGUUCAACUUCCUCAACCUCGGGUACAACGGCUACGCCAAGAUCGCCUUCAAGGACCUCCGCAACGCGCGCAUGCUCGCGCGUGCCCUCGAGCGCACGUACUUCACCGUGCUCUCCGAGAUCCAUCGCCCCGCGCCAGAUGCGCCGGCGGGUGUGGAUGAGGAGGACCCGCAGUUUUAUGUGAAGGGGCUGCCCGUGGUGACGUUCCGCUUGAAUGACGAGUACAAGCAAAAGUACCCGCAUGUGAAGCAGGCGUGGAUCCAGACGAGUUUGCGGACGAAGGGCUGGAUCGUCCCGAAUUACAACGCGCCCAAGGGCGAGGAGCAGACGGAGAUGCUGCGCGUCGUCGUGCGCGAGAGCAUGACGGAGGACCUCAUUGAGCGUCUGAUCGUCGAUAUCCUGCAGAUCGUGGAGGCGUUUAUGGACGACUCCGACGGUACCCAGAUGAUGAUUGCGUACACGGGAGGCAGUGGGCCGCACCAACCGGACAUGGAGCACUCGCGUCCCAAGGCAGCAAACUUUGGCGGCGCAGACAAGAAGGUAGACGAGUCGGUGGUCCCGCAGGCAGGGUACAGCCGGCAGUGCUAAGCGGUGAACAAUGUAUUCCAAUCUACUGCCUGGAUGUAUUUGUAGCCUUUUCGAUCUGCUGUAGCGAACUGUGUACGCUGGCCUGCAUCGUGGUGAUGGGCGG